CAGUAUGCUACCUUGCAGUUGAGUAAAUGCAACAGCAAGAUCGGAGAGACAAAUCAAAUGAUGUUUCAAGGAUCAGUUUCUAGGAGACAAAGCCUGCAUCACCUGGUGCUUGUAGCUGCAUUUAUUCUAUUUGUCCAAGACCUGAGCAGAGGAGGAGGUGCACAGGCAUGGACCUACAGCUACGACAUCACCUCAAACCGUAGAUUUGAUGAUGCCCGCAAGUGGUGCCAGCAGCACUUCACAGACAUAGUGCCCAUCCGGAACCAGGAGGAGAAUGACUACAUCAACAAUCUGGUGCCGUAUUACCAAACGUAUUAUUACUGGAUAGGUGUAACAAAUAAAUCUGGAGAGUGGAUCUGGCAAGAAACUGAAGACAAGGUGCCCAUAGAGGCUCAGAAUUGGGCACAAGGGGAGCCAAGUAACAUCACGGGGCAGAACUGUGUGGAGAUUUACAUCAAGAGGGAUAAAGACACAGCCAAGUGGAACAAUGAGAACUGUCGCAAGAGGAAGGGAACUAUCUGCUAUGCUAACUCUUGUACACAGGAUUCCUGCAGCGUUAAUGGAGACUGUGUGGAGACCGUCGGGAACUAUACCUGCCAGUGCCAUCCUGGUUUCCUGGGGCCACGCUGUGAAGAGGCAAUUGCAUGCAAACCCUUGCUGGACCCAGAACAAGGUUCUCACUCUUGUUCCUAUCCCUACGGGUCUAAUCGUUUCAACUCUUCCUGUCGUUUCCACUGUGAACUUGGCUUUCAGUUAGUAGGCGUGCCCCAACUGCUGUGCCAAGCCAGCGGAGAUUGGAACAACCCUGUUCCUCUGUGUCAAGUUGAACGGUGUCCAGUUCUGGAACACAACAUCAAGGCAGGUCGUAUGAACUGCAGCCACCCCAUUGCAACUUAUAGCUACAACUCCACCUGUGAGGUCAGGUGUGAUGAAGGCUAUGAGGCCAGCGGACCGCACGAGGUACGAUGUGACCACACCGGCCAGUGGACAGCAAAUGUCCCUGCAUGUACAGUUAAAAAGUGCUCCGCUGGUUUUUUUCCUGUUACGGGCAACGUGACAUGUGUGGACGCCGUGGAGCCGUUCUCCUUUGGCUCACAGUGUAACUACACUUGUCAGGAAGGCUACUACCUGGCCACAGACAACACAUUCACCUGUCUGGCCUCGGGACAAUGGAGCAACCCUACACCUACAUGCACAGUGGUACAGUGCAGCAGUUUGAAGGAUCCCCCUCAUGCCUCCAUGCCAUGUCAGAACCCCAUAGGAGUGCACAGCUAUGGCUCAAUAUGCACAGUGAAGUGUGAAGAAGGAUUUAAUCUGAUUGGCAGAAACAUGACGAAAUGUUCUUUAAACGGCAGCUGGAGUCACGACCUUCCUGUUUGCCAGGCUAAGAGGUGUAGCCCAAUAAAUCCUCCUCAUGGUAAAUUAUCCUGUUCUGACCCAAAUGGUGCCUUCAGUUUUGGUUCUCAGUGCAUGACAACCUGUGACGAGGGCUUCCUACUGAAUGGGACAGCCAGCAUUCAGUGCACCUCUGUGGGCAUGUGGAGUGCAGACACACCACAGUGUUUAGCUAAGAGAUGUCCUACUCUGAACCACUCCUCUCACGGCUCCUUUGACUGCUUUGAUCCACAUGAAGUGUUCAGUUUCGGUUCUCGGUGCACAUCAACCUGUAAGGAAGGUUUUGUCCUGACUGGGACGGCUGACACUGAGUGCACCUCUCUGGGCAUGUGGAGUGCAGACAUCCCUAAAUGCCAGGCUAAGAGAUGUCCCACUCUGAGCUUUCCCUCUCACGGCUUCUUCAACUGCUCUGAUCUCCACAACAAGUUCAGUUUUGGAUCUCAGUGUAGAUCGACCUGUAAGGAAGGUUUUGUCCUGACUGGGACGGCUGACACUGAGUGCACCUCUCUGGGCAUUUGGAGUGCAGACAUCCCUCAAUGCUUGGCUAAGAGAUGUCCCACUCUGAGCUUUCCCUCUCACGGCUCCUUCCGCUGUUCCGAUCUGCAUAAAAAGUUCAGUUUCGGUUCUCGGUGUACAUCGACCUGUAAGGAGGGCUUCGUGCUGAAUGGGACGGCUGACACUGAGUGCACCUCUCUGGGCAUGUGGAGCAGAGAAUUACCCCGCUGUCUGGCACAACCAUGCCCUCUACUGGCCAAGGCUCAACAUGGGAGGAUGAACUGCAGCCAUCCGUAUGCUUCUUUCAGCUAUGGCUCCCACUGUGACUUUGAAUGUAAUGAGGGCUUCUGGCUGAGAGGAGCACCGAAUAUGACAUGCAACAACUCAGGCCACUGGAGUCCAGAUCUGCCCACCUGCCAGCCUGUUCAGUGUGAAGCCAUUCGUGACUUGGCUCCGUCCCUGUCUAUGAACUGCUCCCAUCCUCUGGGGAACUUCAGCUUUGGCUCUCAGUGUCUUUUCACCUGUGAAGAUGGAUUCUCCCUGAAUGGCACAGAGGUGCUGUUCUGCUCCUCCAUGGGCUUUUGGAACGGCAGCCUGCCGAACUGCAUAGGAAAUAUGCCAGUGGGGGCUGGCAAGCUACUGUCCACAGGUGUAGGAGCAACCUCCAUUGUUGUUCCUCUUGCCCUGGUAGGACUGGCUGUGUUGUAUUUCUUAAGGCGAAAAAAGAAAAGUGACAAUCUGAUCAUGCGCUAUGAACCAGCGUGGGAAGACAGAGAGAAUCCAGCAUUUGAUAAUGAGAGUUGAUUUUUGCGGCAAAUCAUUUCAAAUAUUGCUAAAGCUUACUGUUAUUAUAUGCAGCUUGUAUGAUAUUUGCUGAAAAUUUCAGAAGGAUUAGAGCUUCACAAUAACUGUUCAAUUCACAUCUUAAAAGUUUUAAAAAAUCAUGCACCUAUACAUGAAAACCUUGACCUUCUGUUGUUAAAGACGUUAAAUUUGUGUGCAGCUUCUGCUCUGUGUCCUGCUUGUAUAUCGCUUGAUUGUCAAUAAA